AUGGUGGAUCUGACAAAUGCAGAAGCUGGACCCUCACAACCACGUCCCAAACCAUUGCUACCUACCAGGCCCAUUCCUGAUCCUCCUCCAGCUACGCCUCCGAGCACUUCGAAAUCUGCUAAAAGGAGAUCAUGGUUCGGGCUGGCCCUCGGUUCACCGAGUGUGAUUACCUGUCCUGGCAAUGACAAUGAUGCCUCUCCGACGAACAAGGAUAGGAGGAAGAGUACAAGUAGUAUUCAGUCGGGCAGGGAAGAAUUAGACCUGGACCUAAUAUUCAACGAUGGAAAGGGUAAAGGGAGGGAUGGUGGAGCAGAGGGGGAAGAAGAAGAGUUAUUGACUAUAGAUGGAGAUCCGGAGAAAACGAUCAAGAAGAAGAAGAAACGAAAAUCGAAAGGUGAUUAUGAUGAAGAUCUCGAAGUGAUGAGGAUGAAGGAUUUGGGUAGAAGCACCCAGCAGACACCUAGGUCAACAUCUGAGCGGACGGUGAAAGUCAGUUUGAAUGAGAGUGAUACACCCCAACCAUUCACGAUACGGCAGCGGACGUUCUCACGUACAGCAAGUGAUCGUGAUCCAUUCUCUCCUCCCGAGCCCACAUCAUUCCCUCCCAAGACACCGACACCCAGAUCGUCCUCAUCGUCUUUGACGAACCACAGACCCAGUAUUCAGCCACAUUCCUCCUCGAGACCAUCUUCAUCGUACUCGCCCUCUCACAAGAUUCUAUCUCUACACACAGAAAAGACUCAGCCACCUAUACCUAUAGAUGUGGAUCGUCCUUUACCUCCUUUACCUCCUUUACCUCCGAAGAAUCCUUUGUCAUCGACAUCUGUCAAACCACCUGCGAUGCCUAGAGGUAUCGUCGUCACCCCAAGUAGUCCCAGGAAAUUGUCCAAGACACCUAAGAAACCACCAUUGACCCAGAGGAGAAGUAGAUCAGCGACUGGACAUUCGAGAGUACCAUCUUUGGCUUCCAAUAAGCGGUCACAUAGUAAUUCACCGGAUCCGAGCAUCAUCCUCAACAAUACUCCUGGGUCGAAAAUUGGACUUGGUCUUCCAUCAGCGCUGCUGCCCUCAUCAAGACCCAAUACUCACACCGAAUCACCACCUCCUCCACCUGUACCUUCCAAACCCCAAUCCGUAUCUUCACCUUUUCCCUCACGCUCACCUAGUCCAAUACCCAAGAUAGCAUUUGUGGAACCGGAUGGUAUAUCUGCGAAGCAUGAAGAUGUCUCCUUACCGUCUUCACAACAAGGAGAAAAAAGAAAGGUGAUAAGAAGGGCUAGGAGUUUAUCUGGGUUCUUUGGGAGAUCAUCACCUAAUCCACAAGGGACCGAAGUUGAGAAUCCGAUGCCUGCACCCGAACACAUAGAUGGUGGCUUAGGUGAAAGCGUGGGCAAAUCCAGUAGUGUCCUGGAAUGGCUGGGAGUGAAAAAGGCCGUCAGGAGGAAAACCUCUGAGUCUCACAUGAAGUCAACGGUUGAAGAUAGUUUUCCCGCUGUCAUUGGCCGGUCGGAAAGUAUUCCUGGGCAACAACAACAAGCGGCCAGUCGAGAAAGUCUGGGACCCCCUACGAACGUCGAAAACCCUGUGUCCGAAUCGCGACAGCCUACACCUCGACGACCACAACAUAAUCUCUCCCCUUCUACCGCCACUAGUCUGCCACUCACUGGACAAAGCAAGAUGAUCAGCAUUUUCUCACGGCGUUCAUCGGCCAAAACGACAGAUGAUGAAGCUGAGCCACCAAUGGUCCAAGUCGGUCCUAUGGCUAUACCCAAUGCCGGAAUGCGGAAUCAGACGGCCCAGUCAUCGGAGUCAUCCUUCAAUCUGCCUACUCAUGACCCUAUAUCGCCUUUUAUUCCCGGAAGUGGGCCGUGGGUAGCCACCCCCCAAAGCGAGAAGGACGAGAGUGAAGUUUUGUUCAGUACUCCUGAAGCUGAGCUCAGUAAUUGGGGUCCCGGGCGAAGACCGUGGAUGGAUGGAGCUGAACGCCAUAAUUCCUCUAAAUCAUCUAUAUCGUCACCGUUGGACUCACUGCCUGAACAAGGCUUACCACCCUCCCAAUCCCCUCUAAAAGCCCCGCCAGCUUUCAGAGAAGGUAGAGUCAGAUCGUGGUCUGAUGCACCUUUGCCUCCUCAAAAGCUCGUGACCCAAUCUUCUAACCCUCAUUUGCCCUUACCUCGCCCAACUACACCAAACAGUCAAUCGCCCUCGUUAACGUUAUCUGCCUCGCCUCGAACACCGUCAAGACCCAAACUGGGGGAUAGGUCCAAUUCUGGUAAUUCCGCUAUAAUAGGCCGUAUGAAAAGUGUAUUCUCGAAAUCUACAAACCGAAGUAGAAGUAGUAGUCUAUUGGGAAAAGGAAAUGCAAAUACGGAGAUCGAUGAGUUUGGGAAUAUACCGAUGGGAGGUGAUGCCGGCAGAAGUCAGAGGAUGAGACCUUCCACUUCGUCCUCUUCGAUGGCUUCUUCCGGUGCGCUCAGAGGAAGGUCAAUAGGUGAUGAUAAUGGCCGACCUGGCGUCGAAGAGCUUCAGACAAGAUCACCCAGAACUUCCUUCACACCUUCCAUUGCGUCUCUUGGGUCUAUAACUCGGCAAGAUGAGACCAAAGCCCAACGUAAGAACAGAGUACGAGCGUCGACAAUAUCACUCGCACCUACCGCAUACCAUUUCGCCCCACCUCGACCAUCUUCACCUAAUCUGUUCCCCAUUGCCGCUACUCCACCACGUCGUCGACCCGGCACCAUCCACAGGAUAUCCAAUGGAUUGUUUGGGUCAGGCUCUUCCGGUCCGUCAUCACCUAAAACUUCUUCAUCGCUCUUCCCCUUACCUGCUAGGUCGAGUGGGUCAAUGUCUUCUUCCACCGGCGGUGGGAUGGUAGGCUGGGAAGAUACUUCUGGAACAAACACGACCAACGGAUUGUUGAGUCCUGGAACCAGCCCUAGACCAUCCACUGGAAGUAUCCCUGCUGCCAUGACAAACUCGAUGAUCAAGCAGAUAUCACAGAGACAAGAUGAAGAGUCCCCUAAAGCGUGGUUGGAAAGGAUCGUUAAUAAUGUACAGAGGGACGAGAUUGCUAAUGUACUUGCUUCAAGUGGCGACGAGUUUCACACCGAAGCUUUACAAUUGUAUCUCUCGACGUUUGAUUUUACUCAUAACGCCUUGGAUGUUGCUCUGAGACGGUUAUUGAUGCACAUGAGUUUACCGAAAGAAACUCAACAGAUCGAUAGAGUGAUUGAAGCGUUCUCUAAGAGGUAUGAGGAAUGUGAGCCUGAGUUGUAUGGUCACAAGGACAACACCUACGUUCUGGCAUUCUCAAUGAUGAUGCUACAUACCGACGCAUUCAACAAAUCCAACAAGAAUAAAAUGACAAAAGUCGACUACGUUCGAAAUACACGCAUGGAAGGUGUAUCGCCUAUAGUUUUGGAAGCGUUCUUUGAUAAUAUCACCUAUACUCCAUUCAUAUUCAUAGAAGAUGAUAUGGAUCUCAAGAGAUCAUCCGGGUACGAAUCUUCUUCAUCAACCUUCGGACCUUCCACACCUACUUUCACCAACAACCCUCUGCCUUCGUCUGUUACCAGUACGAGCGGUAUGAGUAUGGGUACAAGCGGGAAGGCCAAAGUGGACGUGUAUCACAUGAUCGUCAGAGGUUUACUGGGCACACUUAGAGUAAAUAACAUAGAAAAUCAAAUCUCACCUGAAAACCCAUUUUCGUAUAGAGGGACAAGACCGUUCCUCAACCUGGAUCUGCUAUGUCAAGCUUUUGCCAAUGCCAAUAACCUCAUCAUCCCAUCUUACAUCACCACUAGUCCUGUGACGAGCGUAGGAGGCAAGCUGACGACUCCUUCCAGAAGAAAUACGGUGGGAGCCAAAGAUCAGAAAAUGGAAGAUCUGGUGUUGAGAGUGGUGAAAGUUGGACUGUUGUCCAGAAAAGACGAAUCAGAUCAAUCCUCCAAGAAAGCCUCUCGAAGGUGGAAAUCAUGGAGUGUCAUCCUCACUUCCUCUCAACUAUUAUUCUUCAAAGAUCCUACUUGGGCUCUUACGCUUCUCGAACAAAUACAAUCUCUGCGAGAUACAGAUGAUGGAUCCGGCCAAUUGCUCCUACCUCGUCAAACGUCUUUCAAACCUGAUGAAGUGUUCUCGCUCAAAGAUUGUGUGGCUGUUUUCGAUCGUACUUUUACUGCUUACCCUAAUACGUUCCGUUUCGUCAUGCCGCAAUCCCGACAAUAUCUCCUGCAAUCGUCUGACGAGUACGAAAUGAACGAGUGGAUAGGUCUUAUCAAUUACGCGGCGACGUUCAAGACUGUCAAUCUUAGAAUGAAAGGUCCUUCCAUGCGGAAAGACCAAGUUGUUUUAGCUGGAGCUGCUGCCGCUGCGUCUCACAAACGAGAAUUAAAAGGUGCGGCGGUUGCUGCAGAAGGAGCUCAUUUGACCCCGCUGGGAAGUGGUAGAAAAGCUUUCUUCGGCGAACCCAAAUCAAGUUCAAAUACCACUUUGGACAGAAAUGGACAUGAGCAUGAUCAGGGAUUGGGGUUGGUUGAUCAUCAUACCAACACCAGUCUUCCAGAUGGGAAUGCGAAGAUGAAAGUGAAGAACGGGAAUAUAGAUGUAGACGGACCUGACCAGGUUGUACAUGAGGGUGAACAAUUGGAGGAAGUCUUUGGAGUGGUCAAAGCUGAAUUAGCAGCUGGUCGAGGCGAGGCUGGAUCCAACAGGCCUUCAACCUCUAGUGAUUUAGUUCAGGAGAAACUACCGGUGAAGAUGGACACAAGACAUAUACAUACCUCGAGAGUAUCUCUGAUUUAUGAACACCUUAACACUCUACGCGAGAAAUGUCGACCCAUUGAAGACUCCUUACGAUCAUCUUUGAUCCUGGUCCGAAACAUAUCGCUCCUCACUCCCUUUCAAAAAUCCACUCGAGAUAAAAUAUCGUCAUCCAUCCCCUCCCUGGCCCACAAGAUACGGAACGAUCGACUGAAUAUUACAAAAUUGAAAUUGUGGAUCAAAGUUUUAGAGCACGAGGGUGAGAGGGAAGAUAGGGAAUGGAAAAUUGUCAGACAUGUGGCCCUCCAAGCUGCGGCCAGGAGUUUGAGGGAAGAUUCCUUGGUUGGUGUGGUCAAGGAUGUCAAUAGUGCACAAGGUAUCGAAAAGGAAGUACCAAAAUUGGAAAUACCUGAACCAAAUCACUCCGGAUCAUCAUCCCCGUCACCGUCUUCUUCUCUGGUUGCGAAUGCGGGUGCGGAAGAGAGGAAUAACAGGAGCGAGAUUACUAGUCCUGUGGAAUUACCAGAGAUGAUCAGAAGAUCGAGUGAAGAACCGUUAGUUGAAAAUAAACAACAUCAACAGGGGAGAAAACCAAGUAAGAGUGAUCAACUGAAUAGAAGUCCUGCUGGUGGUGUCCACUCCACGGGGUUGGCGAUGAGGAAAUCGAAUUCUGCCAAUGACUUGUUAAAUCCCAAUACUUUCGUACAAUGCAGAAGAUCAAGUGAGAUUGAAGAAACACCUGAUCCUAGGUCUGGUUCUGCAUCGGAAAAGUACGAUCUAUCUCAUUCUCCUAAUCUGUCGGUCGAUACGCCCAUGAUGAUGUUUACUAUGGAAUCGCCCUUGGAAGUUCCCUCCGAGAAGAUGGCGGACCAGGAUAAGGCGCAUUGA